AUGUCGCUCCAAGACGUCUUAGGCCAGCUGCCUCUUCUCAAAAGCUACACCCACGUCCUGCUCUGUUUUCCCCUCGCUGAUUCAGAACGAAAGCCGGUUCUGGAAUCUCUGCAAUGCGCCACAAAACGCCUCCUCGCUGCGUUUCCCUUUCUUGCUGGUAAAGUCGUGCACAAGGACGUCAGUCCCGGCGACUCCGGGUCAUUCACAGUUGAAGGCUUCGACGCGGGCAAUAGAGACACCGAGAGAGAGAAAGUCCAGGAGAUAUUUCGCAUCAAAGACGUAUCCGAUAGUCUCCCAGCGUAUGCUACCUUUCAAGCUGCACGAGCACCGCCGUCAAUGCUGCCCGGCCCUCUCAUAGCCCCUCCUCGCCCAUCAUUUCCGAAUAUCUAUACGGAGGAGUCCGCCCCUGUUCUGGAGAUCCAAGCAUCGCUGUUACGUGGUGGCCUCUUCCUCGAUAUUGCCGCACAGCACAACGUCAUCGACGCCACUGGCAUCUUUUACAUCGCCCACAUCCUCUCGCGACUCAUGGACAACCACCCGAACCCCAUUCCUCAUGCUGAUCUCCUACUGGGCAACUGUGACAGGCGUGACCUGAUCCCUCUCCUUCCCCACAAUGAUCCACUUCCCCGGGAGAUGUCGGUAUUUACCAAGUCUCGCCCGCCUGCACUGAAUAGGGAAGUCCUCGCCGGCUUCAAGUGGUACCUAGUCCACUUUUCCCCGGAGGCCAUUGCAUCGAUUCAUGCCCAGGCCGCUAGUCAUCCAGAGGACUUUGUUGAACACAUAACUUCAGUAUCUGUGAACGACGCAAUAACUGCAUUUUGCUGGCAGCAUCUGAUGAGGGUCCGGGCCUCCCAGAUGCAACACAACUCAGACGACCACACCACUCAAAUUACGCGCGCCGCAGACCUCCGCCGCUCAAUGAACCUUUCUCCAGCAUAUAUGGGCCAUAUGGUCCGCACUGCAAAUCUCCGUCUACCCCUAUCCACUGUGACAUCCUCCUCCCUCUCCCACCUCGCCUCUCUUCUCCGACAAACAGUCUCAACCCAUACGACACCUCUAGCAAUUCGCUCCUACGCAACUCUCCUAUCCCGCACACCUGACAAGACCGGUUUUCUAUACGCAGGCGGCUUCAAUCCGCUCACGGACUUCAGUUGCUCAUCCGUGGCACAUAUGAGUCUGCCGCGUUUUGGGGCAUUGGGUGCGCCGGACUUUGUGCGGAGACCGACAUUUGGUCCGCUUCCGAGUGGAAUGUAUGUUGGGCCAGCCGGAAAAAAAGAGGGGGUUGAUACGGCGCUUUGCUUGAGGGAUUGGGAGGUUGAUGGGUUGAAGGCGGAUAAGGAAUGGAGUAGCUUGCUAGAGUUUGUUGCGUAG